AUGGUGAGGCGGGCGAGUCGCGGAACUACGGGGGUGAGUGAGACGCUUCGCUCCCGUGAUGGUGCUAUCAUCGCAGGUCUGGGCGAGCGGCUAAGUCGGUGGAAAGAGAAUUUUGACGAGCUACUCAAUCAUCCGACUCCGGCGACGGAAGUGGCCCUUGAACCGACCGAUGAAUACGACUGCAACAGUGCACCCCCAACGGCUCCUGGUGAGGAUAGUAUACCUGCAAAAGUAUAUAAAGCCGUGCCAGAUGUAUUCGCCUCGUGGGUUCAUCGUGUCUUCAAUGCGGUCUGGCUCUCUGAGACCAACCCUGCCGAUUGGAAUGAGGCCAUCCUACUACCUUUUUUCAAAAAGUGUCAUAGGAGACUCUGCUCGAACUACAGCGGAAUCAGCCUCAUCGACGUGGUGGCCAAAGUAUUUGCAGUGCUUCUCCUGCGCAGAUUUCAAGGCAUCCGUGAUCUGCGAACUCGCCCCUCUCAGGGUGGCUUCCGCUCAGGUAGAGGCUGUGUUGAUCAGAUCUUCAACCUGCGGCGCACCAUCGAACAACGCUGGGCAUACCAGCAACCAACAAUCCUAUGCUUCGUCGACUUUGCGGCUGCUUUCGACACCGUUGAUAGAGGCUCACUCAGGCGUAUCAUGGAGGCCGAUGGCAUUUCCUCUAAACUCAUUCGUCUCAUCAAGGGCUAUUACCGGUCGACGCGAGCCCGUGUUCGUGCUUAUGGUGAAGAGUCGGAGACGUUUGAAGUGAAGACUGGUAUGCGGCAAGGGUGUGCCCUGUCCCCUACCCUAUUCAACUAUACAAUCGACUACAUCCUCGGCAAGGCCCUUCGGGACUACGCUGGAGUUGCGGUUGUCCUGGCAGCACAAAUGGAUUUAGAGACGGAAAGACUGGGGAAGAUCUCUCUCUCUCUCUCCCUCUCUCUCUCCCUCUCUCUCUCCCUCUCUCUCUCUCUCUCUCUCUGCACUGCCCGUACUCUCUCUCUCUCUCUCUCUCUCUCUCUCCGUAAGGUUAGACCCCACAACACACUAACGUUUUUCCUCUCCUCACUCCCUUCUAAACGUAUCUAUAUUUUCUUUCCGUUUUAUAUUUUUUCACUCACUUCUCACCACUUUUCCCACACAAAAACAUGCAAUCACACACACAGAGAAUAA